AUGGCGGCACCACCACCCGGCCAAAAGCCGAAGGUCCAGCCGUGCCGAUACAAAACUGGAAAGACACUGGGCGCUGGCUCGUACUCUGUCGUGAAGGAAUGUGUGCACAUCGACACCGGUCGCUAUUACGCGGCGAAAGUGAUCAACAAGCGUCUCAUGUCCGGGCGGGAACACAUGGUUCGGAAUGAGAUCGCAAUAUUGAAAAGGGUGUCGAUGGGCCACCAGAACAUCCUGACUCUGGUUGACUACUUUGAGACUAUGAACAACUUAUAUCUGGUCACUGACCUCGCAUUGGGAGGAGAGCUCUUCGAUCGCAUCUGCCGUAAGGGCAGCUACUAUGAAUCGGACGCUGCAGACCUUAUCCGCGCAGUGCUCUCCGCUGUGGCCUAUCUACAUGACCAUGGGAUUGUGCACCGUGAUCUGAAGCCAGAGAACUUGCUCUUUCGUACUCCGGAAGAUAAUGCCGAUCUCUUGAUUGCCGACUUUGGGCUCUCAAGGAUAAUGGACGAAGAGCAGUUCCAUGUUCUGACGACAACCUGUGGAACACCAGGAUAUAUGGCUCCUGAAAUUUUCAAAAAGAGUGGUCACGGCAAGCCAGUUGAUAUAUGGGCCAUCGGCGUGAUCACCUACUUCCUUCUGUGCGGAUACACGCCCUUUGACCGCGACUCCAACCUGGAAGAAAUGCAAGCGAUUCUCGCCGCAGACUACUCCUUCACUCCACUGGAGUACUGGCGUGGUGUAUCGCAAGAGGCGCGUACCUUUAUCAACCGCUGCCUGACUAUCAAUCCUCAGUCACGGAUGACAGCCCAUGAAGCCCUGCAGCACCCGUGGAUCAACCCACCAUACGAGAACGCCAAGGUUGGCUCUGGCGAAGAUCUGCUCCCGACCGUUAAGAAGAACUUCAACGCGCGGCGGACGCUGCACCGUGCCAUCGACACCGUCCGAGCCAUCAAUAAGCUUCGCGAGGGUGGUGGGUUCAUGAUGGAUGGUGUUAUGAGCGUCGAUCCCAAGCCGGAACGUGUUAAUGGUGAUGAAAUUGUCGAGGAGCAGAGCCAUGCUCCACCACAGGCGGCUGAUGAUGGUAGUGAUCCGAUGCAGAUUGAUAGUCGUGGUAAUGCCCGUGGGCAGACUGAGGAGCAGAUCCGGGCCCAGGAGCGUAAGGUCAAGGAAAUGGUUGCUGAGAGAUCGCUGGCUGCUUCUCUCUACCGUGGGGAUCAUUUUAUUGUUGAGACUCUUCUUAAAGAGUUGAUUGGGACCAUUACGCAAAGACCGAAGCUGAAGCUAAGAUCUCAUAGCGACGAUCCAUUGUAUUCCAUGGGCAGCAACAACACAAGCAUCGGUAGAGCUCAUUUGGCUGCUGGCACACAUGGAAGAGUCGAUCGGGGCCAUUACGCAAAGACCAAAGCCGAAGCUAAGAUCUCGUAG